UCUCCCCUUGUCUGUGGGUGACAAGUGACCCGGCCUUUUCGCUGGAGAGCUGAGUCUCAGCACCAGCCUCGGACGGUCCCUCAGAAGAAGAUGAUAUAAAGCCAGCCAGUGCAGCUGCUGCUUCCAAUUGCUUUGUACCCUAGACCUCAGAGUGGAAAAUGGCAGCAGCCCAGGGGGCAGGAAGCAGUUCGGCUGGGCCAUCUGGGCUCCCCAGCUCUGCCCCAGGGCACAGCAACUCCCCAGCUGUGGCAGUGUGGGAAUGGCAGGAUGAAUUCGGGAGGUGGAGGCCCUACCGAGGGAACGUGUGCAGCUACAUUGAACAGGUUUUCCAGGCCUCUCAGCAGAAGGGCCGACGCUUUGGGCCAGGGCCUGUCAACAGCAUCCCCUUAGGACAUGCUGAUGCUGUCUUGGCCCCCUACGUCAUUGACAUCCCAAGCUUGACGCAGUUCCGACAAGAUACAGGGACAAUGCGAGCUGUCCGCAGGCACCUCUUCCCUCAGGACUCUGCUGCCGGGCAGGGCAUCGUGUGGGAGUGGCAGAAUGAUGAAGGUGGGUGGUCCCCCUAUGAGAUGAACGUCUGUGUAUUCCUGGAGCAAGCCCAUGCCACAAACCAUCAGCGGGUAGAUCUUGGACCCUUAGGCUACAACUAUGAAGUUGACUUUGUGGCUCAAGUCCAGACCAACAAGACCACGAAGUUCCGCCGAAGCGUUCAGAGGCGCUUGGAUGUUCCUUAUCCAGUGACAGCCACCUCGGGGGCUGUUCACUCAGGAAUGGUUUGUUCUUGUCAACAGUGCUGGUUUAACAGUGGGACUGGUCCUAUCACCACACGCUACCGGCACUCAAUGAUAAACUUUCCCAACUCCUCCACUGCACAUCAAGUUUCCAGUAGGACGACGUCGAUAAGUUCUUCUGGCGUUGGCUUUGUGCCCUAUAACAAACCAACUUUGUCUGGAGCAAAGUCAGCACCAAGACUCAAUGCACAGAGCACGUGGGCUUUGUCUCAAGCUGGAAGUGCUGGGGGCCCCAGCGCAGGACUGUCUGCAUCUAAUGGAGUCAGCACCCUAAGCCUGCCAGUCAAGAUGCCCAAACCCAGCAGAGUGAACCAGGCCUUGGCAGGCAUGACGGCUAUUCUGAUGUCAGCCGCUGGACUCCCCGUGCACCUCACCUGUGUGCCGCAAGCUGCCAGCACCCAUAAAGCCACUAAAAAACACAGCUCAGUUAAGGAGGGGAGGAAAAUGUCCAAGAAAGGCUGGUGGAAGAACCUGGCAGCCUCCGUGAUGGGCCUGAUGACUGCAACACCAACUGAGCCAGAAGCAGUGGUGAGGAAGUACCUGGAAGAGCUGAAGGGUGCUCCUGCUGAUGAGGACUGUAUGAUCUGUAUGGAGAAGCUGGCCUCCGCCUCGGGUUAUAGCGACGCAUGCGAGUGCAGCACAAUCAAGCCGGAGAUGGUUGGUCGCCUGACAAACUGCCAGCACUCUUUCCACAUGCUCUGCGUGCUGGCCAUGUACUCCAAUGGAAACAAGGAUGGGAGCUUGCAGUGCCCCUCUUGUAAAACUAUCUACGGAGAAAAAACUGGUACUCAGCCCAAAGGGAAGAUGGAAUUCUCCACUUUUCCCCAGUCCCUUCCUGGCCACAAGGACUGUGGGACAAUCCAAAUUGUGUAUCACAUCAGCAGAGGCAUUCAGGGCCCUGAGCACCCCAACCCUGGGAUGCCUUACACAGCAAGAGGCUUUCCUCGCUAUUGUUAUCUGCCAGACAAUGAGAAAGGCAGAAAGGUCCUGGAGCUCCUAAAGGUGGCCUGGAAGAGACGCUUGAUUUUCACAGUGGGCACCUCUAGCACCACUGGUGAGAGCAACACAGUGGUGUGGAAUGAGAUCCACCACAAGACAGAGAUGGACACAAACCUGAGUGGCCACGGCUACCCUGACCCCAACUACCUGGACAAUGUGCUGGCAGAGCUGGCUGCGCAGGGCGUCACUGAGGACUGCUUGAGACAAUGAGUUGCAUUGUGGGGCUGGCUGGGCCAUGCACACCUCCAGGGCCGUCUGGUUUGGAGGCCUGUCUAGUGCACUUACUCCUGUUGCCUUAAGUUCCCGCGUCUGACCACUUGUCACACUGAGCAAUAACACUGUAACGCGGGAGCUGUGCGUGCUCUGAGCAGUCUCUUUUUCUGGAGGGAAGGCUACUUUUGUAGAAAGUGGGCUCGUGUCCCCAAGUAGGGCUUAUGGCCACAGCCAGGACUGGAUAGGAGAAUUGCUGUGAGGUGACAGAUCCCCUUGCAAAGGUAGGACCCUCACCCUGGUAAUACUUUGGGGACAGGAGCAGGGAGAAGGGAACAUCUCACUCCCACUAGAUCACUCAAGGAAACUGAGGGCCUCCUUGCUGCAGCAUGUCACAGCUCUGUCUCUGGGGUGGUUCUUACAGUAAAGCAUCCUGCCCCUGUAGCUGAUGCCUGUAUCUCUGCUUGGUCAUAAUAAACACUGCAUUGCCAUGGAGAGUCUCUGCUUUGCCUUCAAACUGCCUGAUGGCUUGUGGUGUCUCCUCUCCUGUGGCCCUCUUUGAGGGAGCAGCCUGCUCUGUGGAGCUGGGGACACUCGAUCCAGCCAGGACAAAGGAGGAAAAGCUCAGCUCUGCUAGAGGAACAUGAAUCUCUGCAGGGGCAGGACACCAGGCACCCAUCCCUGGGGUCUUGGGUUGAAGGCCGUCAGUGUUUUCAUCUGCUUCCCUCAGGGGCUCUCCUAGGGCUGUGCUGUGAUUCAAAAGCAAAGGUGUUUGCUCUGUUUCCUCAUUGUGGCUGCACACCUUAGCCAGUUACUCCUUUCUCUACCUGUAGCUGUGCAUCUCUACCAGGCAUGGUGAUUUGGGCAGGGCCCCCCUUCACCCGUUCUGACUCCACAGAGGUUUGGGGGUUGCAGCCAUGGUGCCUGCAGAGGUGACCCAGCAAGAAGGAACUGGCAGGACCUGGCCCUAUCUAUCUAGGACACCACAACCCCUGCUCUUGCUGUGAACCAUGGUUCCUAUCACCACUCCUAUCACCCUAAAGUCCUCGUGGCAAGGCAUGCUCCUAAAGUAUAUCUUCUUUUUCUCAUGUGUUAAGUGCAGCAACAGCCCAGCAGUUUGGGGGUUGUUCCUUAGUGCUUUGUGUCCAGCUGUUCUGUGUUUGCCUGCAGUGAAAUGGCUGGCAGAAGGAGGGGCUCUGUCUGCUUUGUGCUGCUGCCAUCAGACAGCCGGGGAUGGCAGAGGGAGCGCUGGUGCCACCAAGUGGUGACAGGGCCGUUUGCUCCCCUGGUCUGUGCUACGGCGCUUGGCUGGGAGCAGAUCUGUCCCUCUGGCCGCAGCGAUGCAAGUCUGCUAGCAAAGAUGGUCUCCAGGCAGGAGCACGCUCCUGCGCGGCCACGUCUGCUCGUUCAACGCGCCGAGGCCCCGGGAAAGGGGCAUUGCUCCAGUCCCCUUGACCUUGGGCUCAUCACCACCUUGGUGCCCAAGGCUUUGUAAGAGCAACUGCUGGUUGCUCCUCUCCAAGGCUACAUCCCCCCAGCUUGCAAGUCCCUAGAGCUCUGCCUCCGUUAAAUCUGCCGUUAGUUCCCUUCGGCACAACAGAGCCCCCGGUGCCUUCUGCCGCUUCACCGCUGGCCUAGCGGCUCUGAGACGCAGCCUUGGUUCCUGGUAUCUGCCGGCCAAGAGUCCACAUAGGACUAAUAUGUCCUAUGUCACCAAAGCAAGGGGCAAAUUCUGCUUUCUGUCACCAGUAAAAUAAAAAUGAAAGAUUUUUUCAGAGCUAC